AUGGUCAACCGAACCAACGGCGUGGGGACCAUCUCAAAUCACGCCCGCGCAACACCAACGGCGGGAGCCGCAGGGGCGAGGAGCGUCGCUAGCGGCAAGCCAGGCGCGCAGCAACCCUCUUUGGCGGCAGCCAGUACCGCGGGCGCAGCUGUGGGGGGGGCGGCGAAGCUGUCUUGCGAACCGUGUGAGAAGGAGUUUACCACGGAGACAGCCCGGCAGGCCCAUCUGCAGUCCCACGUGCCGUGCCCAGAGAAGGGCUGCGGCUUCUCGGCGCUUAGGAAGAUCGUCAACAACCACCACGAGGCCAAGCACGGCCAGCUCAGCGGCUCCGGCUUUCAGAUGAUUGACGUAGAGGGGAAGAAGUUCCGAGUGCUGCUGGGAACUAGCCCCGACGAGGUGGCCGAGUGGAGGGCUGAGAGGAGGAAACGGUGGCCGACAGACGAGAACAAGGCCAGGAAAGAGGAGGACGAAAAGAAGCGGAGAGCUCUCGGUGACUUGGGUCCGGACCCCGGUCCGGCGGGAAGAGGCCGAGGGAGAGGACGUGGUAGGGGCAGGGGGCGCGAUAGAGGAGGCGGGGGUGGUAGGGGAGGCGCGUCGGCGCAAAGGGCAGCGCCAGGCCCAAAUAGUGCCGCCAUCUCAUCCGUCGGCGCCGCCGACACGGUAGCCAGUGACGAUGGUGGCGGUGCCGUUGUGGAUGGCGAGAGCGCAAGCAACGCCGGGGCGGAGGGUGGGAAACGCCCGCGGGAAGAGGACGGGGCGGGGAGUUCGUUAAAGGUGGCCAGGGUUGACGAUGAGGGCGCAGUGGGGCAAGGGGAAGGGACGACAAAGGUGGCGGGAGCAGGGGGUGGCAACAAGAGGUUGUGCACGUUCUACCUCAAGGGUAGGUGCGACAAGGGCGAGGCGUGCACGUUCAGCCACGACGUCGAGCGAAAGAACUGCAGCUACUUCAUGAGCGGCCGUUGCCACCGGGGGAAGGGCUGCUUGUUCAUGCACGACCACGAGGCGAGGGAGAAGGCGAGGGCUGAGGCCGGAGACAACGCCGCCGAUGAGAAGCUGACCAAGACGGAAAGAAGCACCAGUAACAAGAAGGCGGCGGCGGAGGCGGCAGCGGUAGCGGCGGCGUCCAAGCCCACCCUCCUGCGCAAGCUUCUGGCCCCUCAGCUGCACCGAGAGAGCAGCAUCGCCCUCCAGGCCGUGCGGUUCAUCGUCCAGUCGAAAUUCUUCCAGGACGAUGCCGCCGCUGCCGGUGGCGCCAGCGCCUCCGCAGCUGCGCCGGAGACGGCUUCGGCACCACCGUCCCCCUCUUCUGAUCCAGCUGGUGAUCCUGCUAGUGCCGGUGAUGAUACUGGCAAGCAAGCCGGCGGCCUGUCGACUUCGGCCCCGUCGACUGCUCCAGCAUGUGAUACUGUUGUUUCUGAGAGUGCUGGUGCCGGCGAUGAUGCUGGCAAAGUUCUGUCGGCCACGACGCCACUGGCCUCAUCUGCUGCUCCGGUUUUUGAUUCUGCUGUUGGUGCUGGUGCCGUUGAAGAUACUGGCAGGGAGACCGGCGGUCUGUCGACCGAUGCAUCGGGGUUCCCCGCUCCUGCCGCGGAGGAGGGAGAACCCGCCGUCGACGCUCCAGCGGCGGCGGCGGCAGCGGCGGAGGUAGCAGUGCCAUCAUCAAGAUCUCCUCCCUCCCCGACUCAUACGGCAGCCCCCUCCACCAUCGCUAAGGAAGCCGCCUUGUCGACGCCCACCGAUGGCCCGUAGAACGGACACACAUACGCAGUAGCAAAUGCUUGUGGGCAUCUGUUUUGCGCGCGGCGCAACGCAGUGUAGGAGUGUCUUGGGGAGUGUUACGGCCCCCCCUGAUAGCACCUGGUGGUUGCAGGGUAGGGGUACCUCUUGUUUCCCCCUUCAUUCGUGUCCGAAACAGAAGUGAAUGAGAUCCCAGGCAUUGUUGUGGAAUUGGCAUGAAAACGCCCUGCUAAAGGUUUGCAAAAGUGGCGAGUCUCCAGGAUGUAUGCAUGUGUGCGUGUUUUUAAUGUUGGCAUCGACCGCCCUACCCGGCUCACCAUUGAAACAAUGCCAGUUUCACUUCGGCUUGUGUGUGCGUGUGGAGUGUGCGAUUUUCCCAGAACCAAGGAUAUGUUUGUUGUUUGGCAGUGUCGCAGGGUAUAGCCCGGCGACAAAGAAGUAACGGCGGUUCGGGUUAGCACAAGGGUUAGAGGAAUUCAAUCGGUGUCAUGACUCCGUGAUGUUGUGAGCAGUGCAGGUGUGCUUUUGUUCGGAGAGCGGAAUAGUAUGAGAUGAGCGUAUAAACACCCGAGAGCGAUACCAUUGGUUAUCUCGACGAGCAGGAAAAAGUAGAACAAGGCUUGAGUCUUUGCAAGGAUUAUUUUUCUUCAAGUCUUUGCAAGGACAGCAGUAGUACAUGAGUCGGGGAAAGGAGGGGCGGCCGGAGGGGAUUCAAUGCAUCAUGCCCGGCGUGGUACUGAAAAUGUAGCAGUGACAAGGUAGGUCACCUUCAUUCAUAGUCCUUUCGUACGUUUGCAGGAAUGAAAAAACAGUCGCAUCUGUGUCUGGUCGCUUUGAUGGAAGCAGAUUCCACGAAGCAGGCAAUCCCUUGAAGAAUUGGCAUGUUUUGAGUGCUGUGUUGUGCGAGGGGGGCUUGAGGGACCCCGAAGUUGAGAGCUCAUUCGAAGGGGAAUCAGUUCCGACAAAGCCGGGCAUAUGGAAGGGAACAAAGGUGUUCACGCUAGGUGCGGCACGGUUUCCCCGUGGAGUUUAGGUUUGUUCCCGGGAACGUCCAGCAUAAAAUGAAAACGAAAACCUCUGGCUGUAUCGAGAGGGUAGACACCUCGAUCAACCGCAGGCGGUACUUGUCCCAUUCGGUGUUGGUGAACUACCGCGAACGACUCGCUCUGUUUUUGUGUGUCAACGUAAACGUGGUGGCGAGUUUGUAUGCACACGCAGCAACCUUCGCAGGGUUUCAUUUUAAGUAAUCAUGUCGGAUGAACUAUACAAUCGGAGGAGUUGGGUUAGGGUUAAGCAAUAGGGUCUGCGUCCCCCCCCCUCCCUGUUCUAUAUCCUUGGAGCCUUAUUAAUCUCGCGAAGGCGAUCCUUUGUGCGAGGAUAUGUGUGAGCACCGAGCGCGCUUCCACUCGAAGGCAAGUGUGUGGGGUUCGCCUCCCGUCGUGUCCCGUCGUUGCCGCUGUCGUUGCCUUCGUGCUGGGGUCCUCCGGCGGUCGGUGUUUGGUGGAUAUUGGGGGGGUCUUGCUUGUUGUGUGUGGGGGGUGUACUCAUAGU